AUGUCAAGCGGUAGCGUAGCGAGUGCGGGCAAACGUACCCAGGGAAAAAGCGAUUCUCCUGGCGAUGAGGGAGCCGGAUGUGGUACGUGUCGACGACUCGAUUAUAGCCGAAUGGUGCAGUGCGACGAUUGUGAUGUGUGGUUUCACUACGAGUGCGUUAACGUGGAGAACAGUAUUCGGGACCGAGACUGGAGUUGUAACGGGUGUAUAAGGAAAUCGUUGGAGCAGGAAAGGCGUGGUUUGCGUGAACAGUUGGAGCAUCUUGAACGGGAGCAGAAGCAAUGGCAACAGAAGCAACAAAAACACCUGGAGCAGGCUGAAGAACAUCAGAGACGGCUUGAGCAGCAGCAAAAGCAGAAUCAGUUUAAUCAGUCGCAGAAGGGAAAGUUGCAGUUGCAACAAGGUUCGCUGUCGGGAGUUGUUACAACACGAUCUAAGGCAUUCCAUAGUGAUUUUCAGGGCGCAGUUCCGAAGCAGCCAAGGCAGAAAGAUGAAGUCUCGGAAAACAUAGCGGAUCGGCAAUAUAGAAUAGAACGAUCAGCGAACUCUAAUGCUAACUGCACCACGUCAACCAGAACAAGUAGCAAAGCGACCUCGAAUGUGUCAAAACGGUCAGCAAAACUCCGCGACCUACAAUUGAAAGCUCUAGAAGCACGACAAGCGCUGGAGAAAAAGCAGCUAGAGGAGCGUUUAGCUCUAGAUCUAGAAAUGCUGGAGAUGAGCGACUCGGAAUCGGCAACAAACGAGACCUGCGCCAAGAUCGAAGAUUGGCUAAACAACACGGAGAAUAUAGGAAAAGAAGUGUUUAAACCUUUUGAUGAAACGCCCCUUCCGGUAUACGAUGAGCUUCUACGAAAAUCGGUAGUAGUGUCGACUCGGGAAAGUCUUCCCAGUAACUAUGUCCCAGUAGUGGUCUCUGGUCUGCAGACGUCUUUUGGUAAUUCUGUUGCGCCUGAGUUUCAUAACAAUUAUGCCUCCGGUGUUGGUGAUAUCGAUCGUCCUUUACCAGGUGUGACUGUAACGAGAACUGUGCCUGGUUAUCAACCAUUGUUUACCAGCCACCCAGCAGCAGUACCGCCGAGUCUACCACCUUUUCAAACGUACUCAGCUGUGUCUCAGCAAUCAACAACGUGCUAUUCGCGUCCUACAGCCAGCUAUCCGCAUCCGGUAGUUCCCAGUUUCCAAUACCCUGUUCCAACCUAUCAAGGUACCGUGCUGCCACCGGUGGUAACAUCUACACCACGUCAGAACGUGACAUUUAAUCAUCAGCAAUCAAACGGUGACGACGUGCCUCUGAAUAAUGGUCAUCUAGCGGCGAGGCAGACAGUGAAAGAUUUACCAAAGUUCGGAGGAGAUCCUGAAGACUGGCCACGGUUCAUCGCAGCCUACGAGAGAACGUGCAGGAUGUGUGGUUUUCGAAAUGACGAACUACUUGAUCGACUGGAGAGGAGUCUAUACGACAAAGCCCUGAACGCGGUUAAAAGUCUACUUUUACAUCCGGACAACGUUCCGGUGAUCAUAAGCCGAUUGAAAACCCUUUUUGGAAAUCCGGAGUCCAUAGAGGAAACGAUGGUGCAUAGAGUCAGGAUGAUGCCACCACCAAAGGCUGACAAAAUGGAAACGAUUGUCGAUUUUGGUGUUGCCGUGCAAAACUUGUGCGCUACAAUACAGGUGUGCCGAAUGGAUGAGCGGUUCUACAACGUUGCUUUGCUGCAAGAGCUUGUGGACAGCUUACCGUCAACCUUGAAAAUGAAUUGGGCAUUCUAUCGGAAACAGAGUGGAGCAUGUACAUUGCUGUAUUUUAACGAAUGGCUCGGACAAAUGGUGGAGGCUUUAAGUCAAGUGAUCAGACCGCACGUGUGGACUAAAUCGAACAAACUCGAGAAGAGAGGCAGAAACGAAGAAGCGCAUAUCCACCUGCACUCUGCAACCCCGCCUAGAGAAGAAAACCGCACAGCGUGUUUGGCAUGCUCGAAAGAGUGCGAAGAUCUCGACAAAUGUAGUAGUUUUCUCAACAUGACGCCAAGUGCACGAUGGACGCUGAUCAAUCAAAGGAAGAUUUGUCGAAAAUGUUUGACCAAGCACUUUAAAACUUGUGACAGGAAAAUCCCUUGUGAUCAAAAUGGAUGUAGCUACCUUCAUCACCCGUUGUUGCACGACGACAGCAAACACGCGAGACAGCUGCCAAACAGUUCAUUGCAAAACACCUCUUGUAACACUCAUCACUGUUCGCUUGGGGGAGUACUGUUGAAGUACAUUAGAAUCACGGUACAUGGAAAGGAGAAGUCCAUUACCACCUACGCCUUCCUUGACUCAGGAUCGACCUCCACUCUGAUGGAACAUAGUCUGUGGGAGGAGUUGAAUCUUAACGGCGAGAAAACUCCGUUGUGUAUGUCUUGGACUGGUGGUCAAGGCAGAUACGAAGAAGAAUCGGUUAAAUUUGCGGUUGACAUCGCGGGUUCCCAAACUCCCACUCAACGCUUUCAUCUGUCGAAGGUACACACAGUACGAAGCUUAGAUCUUCCUUCUCAAUCGAUAGCGAUUUCGGAUCUGGUGAAACAUUACGGACAUCUCUCCGGUCUUCCUAUCGCAUCCUAUGCUGAAGUUAAACCGCGAAUCCUGUUGGGUGUAGACAACACUAGGUUGGAGUAUCCACUCGACUCAAGAGAAGGGAGUGAAAAUCAGCCUACCGCCGUAUUGACUCGACUAGGUUGGCUAGUUUACGGUCCGUGCUCAGUAGUAAAACCAUCAACGUCCAGCAGCGAUAGUACGUACAGCUAUCACAUCUGCCAGUGCGAUGCGUUGAACUCUACUGUUAAGAACUAUUUCUCCCAGGAUAGCCUCGGAGUUCAGCUUACUGGGAAAUCGCUGAUGUCAAAAGAUGAUGAACGGGCGAUGACGUUACUGCAGUCGAACACGAAGCAACUAGGAAGAAAAUUCGAGACCGGUUUACUGUGGCGGUAUGAUGACAUCCAGCUGCCGGACAGUAAACCUAUGGCUUUGAAGCGUCAUGAGUGUUUGGCAAAGCGCUUAGUACGGGAACCAGAAUUGGCAAGAGUUCUCCAAGAGAAGAUAGCGGACUACAAAGCGAAAGGAUAUAUUCGAAAACAUUCGAAGCAAGAAGAAGCAAUGCAUAAGGGACGCUCGUGGUACCUGCCGAUCUUUCUAGUUGUAAAUCUCAAUAAACCAGGAAAGCUUCGCAUGGUUUGGGACGCAGCAGCCAAGGUAGGCCGCGUUUCACUAAAUUCGUUUCUGUUGAAAGGACCUGAUCAAGUUACGCCUCUUUCAAACGUUCUACAGCGGUUUCGUGAGUAUCGUAUAGCGGUCUCAGGGGAUAUUCGCGAGAUGUUCCAUCAAGUGCGGAUGAACAACGAAGAUCAGCAUUGCCAAAGGUUUCUGUGGAAUGAUGGAAUCCUCAGCGAUACCCCAACGGUUUACAUCAUGCAGGUGAUGACGUUCGGUGCGAGUUGUUCUCCCAGCAGCGCACAGUACGUCAAGAAUCUAAACGCAGGUCGAUUUAAGAACCAGUUUCCAGAAGCAGUGGAGGCGAUCUGUAACGGAACUUACGUCGACGAUAUGCUUUAUAGCGUCGAAUCGGAAGAAGAGGCGGUGAAACUGGCGCAGGAUGUACGGUUCAUAGACGCUGAAGGAGGUUCUUCUCAAAAGGAUUUGAACAAGCCUGGGGAGCUAGCAACCGAGAAAGUUCUGGGCAUGUGGUGGGAUACUAUCAGCGAUACGUUCACAUUCAAAAUUCCGCAACGAUGCAAGCACGAGCUGUUAUCUGGACAGGAAGCCCCAACCAAACGGGAGGUGCUGCGAAUCCUCAUGUCAGUCUACGAUCCGACUGGGCUUCUCGCAAACGUGCUGAUGUUCUUGAAAGUCCUACUUCAAGAUAUUUGGCGUUCUAAUGUUGGCUGGGACGAACCAAUAGCAGAUCAGCAACUCGAGAAGUGGAGAACAUGGCUCAGUGUGUUACACAACGUCGAAACAGUUUCCGUUCCUCGGUGUUAUCGAACGAUGACAACGUCGUCAGCCAAAUCCAAUGAAAUCCAACUGCAUAUAUUCGCCGAUGCAAGCGAAAACGGAUACGCAGAAGUCGCCUACUUUCGGUACGAAGAGGGCAACAUGAUAGAGUGUGCCUUCGUCACUGACAAAACUCGUGUAGCGCCACUAAAGUACGUUUCGAUUCCCCGACUGGAGCUUCAAGCAGCAGUGAUUGGAACACGCCUGGCGAAGGCGAUAGGAGAAAUGCAUCGAAUAGCAGUACAAAAACGGAAAUACAGCAAGUACGUCGGCGCCAGAGUUGGCGAAAUUUUGGAAAACAGUGAACUUUCGGAAUGGUUCUGGGUUCCGACAAAAAUGAAUGUCGCAGAUGAAGGCACGAAGUGGCAAAGAAUUCCUGCUAUUUCGCCAUCAAGCCGAUGGUUUAACGGGCCUUUCUUCAUGUGGCAGCAGCGAAGUUCGUGGCCACCUCAGCCGAUGAAUCACGGAACUACCACAACAGAAAUCAACCAUUCGGUAAACCUUCAUGCUGUUCGAGUUCCAGUCAUUAACUUUUCUAAAUAUUCGAGCUGGCGAAAGCUUGUCCGAGUUGUUGCUUAUAUGCGCCGGUUUUACAGCAAUAUUCGGGCUAGAAUACAUCAGAGUACACCCAUGAUCGGAAUCCUCAAACACCAGGAGUUAUCUGAAGUCGAAAACUUGAUCUAUAUACAAGCACAGCUAGAUGAGUUUAGUAAAGAAAUGUCUUUGCUAUUGCGUUCCAAGGAUGUGGACGGAAGAAAGGUAGCUCGUAUUCCCAAGCACAGUUCGAUAUACACAUGCUCACCGUUCCUAGACGAUAAUAGGGUACUUCGCAUGCUUGGAAGGGCGGCUGGUUGCCAAUUCAUACAGCCAGGCUCCGCUCAUCCUAUACUGCUACCAAAUAAACACCCGAUUACCACACUUAUCGUACGUCUCUUUCAUGAGCGCUACCAUCACCUGAACCAUGAAACAGCAGUUAACGAAUUGCGCCAGAAGUACCGAAUCCCGAAGUUGCGAAGAGUCUGCUACAAGGUACGGAAAGAAUGUCAGACCUGUAUGAAUGCUAGGGCUCGUCCGCGACCGCCCGUUAUGGCUGACCUUCCGCUGGCAAGGCUUGCAGCAUAUUCUCGACCAUUUUCCUAUGCUGGUGUCGACUACUUUGGUCCGAUGCAGGUAGUCGUUGGUAGACGCGUUGAGAAGAGAUGGGGUGUACUCAUCACGUGCCUAGUAGUCCGUGCCGUCCAUAUAGAGAUCGCCCACACGCUUAAUAGCAGUUCCUGUAUCAUGGCGUUGCGGAACUUCAUGGCCAGGCGUGGAACGCCUUUAGAACUAUUCAGUGAUCGUGGAACUAAUUUCGUUGGAGCAAAUCGUGAACUGACCGAAGCAAUUCGCUCUCUAGAUCAGGAGAAGCUCAUGCAAGAGCUCGAAGCCGAUACCAAGUGGACGUUCUUGCCACCGAGUAGCCCACACAUGGGUGGAAGUUGGGAAAGAUUGGUGCAGUCUGUUAAGAAAGUACUGAAUAAUAUGAAGCUUCCAAGAUUGCCAACCGACGAAGUUCUCAGGAACAGCCUCAUGGAGGUGGAGAAUAUCCUAAAUUCGCGACCCUUAACUUACGUACCCAUCGAGGAUGUCGAACAUGAAGCCAUCACACCCAGCCACUUUUUGUUAGAUCUGCCAAGAAACACGUGGCCCAAAGGACGUGUUGUGGACGUCAAGCUGAAGGAUGGACAAGUUCGAAGUGCAACAGUGAGGACAACAGCGAACAUUUUCGAACGCCCAGCAGUCAAGCUGGCGGUUCUAGAUGUCGGCGCAACAGCGAAUACACAGGAACCCGGAGCCUGUGUACUGAGGGGGGAGUGUUACGCAACAUGCGAACGCGCCUCCGUUAUCAAUUUACCCUCAACGAGGUCAGCCGCCCCAGCUGCAAGCGGGUAA